CUGGUGCAAUCAAUCAUAUAACAAAGAAGUGAAAAAAGAGAGAAGAUUAUUUCUUGCUCCUCUGCCAGCACUGAACAUCACAAUGAUGCCUGCUGGCAAUGCAACCCACACUCGCAUAGGUGGUGGAAAAUGGAUGAAUGGAUGGAUCGCCUCUUUGACAGGAGCCAAGAGAGUGCAGUGAUGCCAUCGAAUCAGACGUCUCGCAGUGAUUUGGAGUGUGACGGUUUUACUUACAACCCCGACAUUGUUCCAGCUUUCUAUUUCUUAAUGUUCCCCAUAGCCUUACUGCUGAACGGCGUGGCAGCCUGGGUGUCUCUGCACCUCAAGUCCACCACCACCUUUGUGGUGUACCUGAAAAAUUUAGUGGCAGCUGACCUUGUCAUGACCUUGAUCAUCCCAAUCAAAGCUGCGGGUGAUUUGCCAGGUGCAUCAUACAGGUUAUUUAUAAUUUCAUGUCGUUAUUCCAGUGCCAUUUUCUACAGUGCACUGUACACAUGUAUCACUUUGUUGGGCCUUAUCAGUUUGGACCGUUUCUUCAAGAUCAUGACACCCCGCAGCAAGUUGUUUGGUCAGAAUCUAAACUUUAGCAAACUGAUAUCAGCCUUAGUCUGGCUGAUCUUCUUUGGAGGUUCUGCUUUACCAAAUAUAAUUCUAAGUAACAGAUCAACAUCUAAUAUAACAGCGUCCAGGACUUGCAUGAAGUUUAAAGGACCGGUUGGACUUGAAUUCCAUCAUGUGACAGUGAUUACCAUGAAUGUUUUCUUCUGGCUUGUCAGUGUGGUCAUUGUGGUUUGCUACAUUUGCAUCGCAAACAAGGUUAUCCAGUCUUUCCGAAAAUCCGGCAGCAAUAACAACCAGGGAAAGCAGAAGAUCAAACUACGUGUUUUCCUGGUUGUAAUUGUGUUUUUUGUGUCAUUUGGACCGUACCACAUUGUCAGGAUCCCGUACACUUUCCAACAAGUCAAAACAUCCUCCCAGCCUGUCUGCCCUUACAUAAAGGGCAAGUUUGCUAAAGAGCUCAGCCUGUGGCUUGCCACCACAAACCUCUGCCUGGAUCCGCUCCUCUAUGUCUUCCUGUGUAGAGAGUUUAAGGAGAAGCUGAUUUCUUUGAUGAAAAAUGUAUCCCAAUCAUUCCAAGUAGCCUCAGCAGGCAAAGCAGAAGGCACUCCACCAUAGAGUAGAUUCUGACAUAGGUCAUGUACAAUAAAGCUUUAAUGUAUGCUACACGCCUUGCCAUGGACUAUGCUCAGAUGUCCCUGAAGAUUCUGUAGACUAAAAGCCAAGUUACUGUUUCACAUGCUCUCACGUUUUGUUAUUUAUGCAUUUUUUUCUGCUCAUGUUAAUGUCAUUCAUAUGUUGUUUUGUGUCUUGUCAAA